UUUAGUCGUUGCGCAGAAACUUAAUAUGUCUACCUGAAUUAAGGAUAGCUUUUCAGGUUUUAACGAUUCAUCGAAACUCGAUUUUGCUUUAUUGGAAAUCAACUAAAUUAUCAAACCUCUUCACUCCAACGAUCCCAAGAAGCUUGAUAGAUUUAAGGAUGAUUUUUAGUUAUCAACAACAUGGCGGAAACAAAAAAGCUAUGGUUAAGGCUUGUAAAGGCUUCUACUCGGCGGAGAAAUUACAAAAAGAGCCGAGCAGUGUCAGAGACUAACUUGCUGAUCCAUCUAAAUCGCAUUUUGGAUUCCUACGAUGAUGACCCGAAAGUCGACUCGGUCAUUGCGGAAAACGCCACAUUAAAGACUGCCAAAAAGAUCCAUCGCCUCGACAGGAAGGACAGACACCAGGAUGUACAAGACGCUUGCCAAGUACACGACGUAUCUCUCAAGGAAUCGUUCCUUAAAAGUUGCGAACAACUUGGAAUUCCUCCUUUAGCAAUGACUUACUUUCUCGACAGAGUCGCGGCCGGUGAAACAGAACUAAUCAUGAGAAAUCUUGGGUUGGGUCCCACGGGUGCCGUUGCUGUCGCGGACGCCUUGUCACGAAAUAGGAGUGUCACGCGUUUAGACUUGUCCCUCAAUAAUAUUCAGAAUAAAGGCGCUACGGCUGUCGCAAAAUUACUCGAGGCAAACAGUCUUAUGACUAAUUUGAAUCUUUCAGAGAAUAAGAUAAGCAAAGAUGGCACAGACGCUCUCGGGAACAUGCUGACUGUGAACGAUUCUUUGGCAAGACUUGACAUUUCGCGCAAUGGACUCACUGAUGAUGAUAUUCAAUUUUUCAGCAACGUUUUACAAACUGAAGACUUUCUAUCUGCGCUAGAUCUUAGUCAUAAUUCUUUUGGAGUCACUGGAGGAGAGCACUUUGGUGAAAUGAUCGGGAAAAACGUGUCCCUUCGUGAGUUGAACCUAGGAUGGAAUCGCUUGGGCGACUUAGGAGUCAAACACAUUUGCGUGGGCUUAAAGAAAAAUCGAACGCUUGAGAAACUGGAUUUGUGCUGGAACGAAAUUAGCCACGAAGGCGCAAGAUACAUCGCAGAAUCUUUGGAAUACAAUGGAAAAAUUACUGAGUUAAAUCUCAACAACAAUCGUAUUACCGACCGCGGAAUGGAGAAAAUUGCAAGGGGUCUGGAACUUAAUGAUACUGUACAAGUCAUCAAAAUUGGUUACAAUCUGGUCACUUCAGAGGGAGCAUGCGCACUGCUAAGAUCUCUGCUGAAAAACCCUGGUAGCGCAGUAGAAACUGUUCACGUGGCUGAGGUCGAAAUAAACGACGUUAUUAAAGAACUCUACCUGAAGCUCAAGACGCGAAAAUCACGAUUUCGCCUUCUUGAUUUAUUCACAGCCAGUGGGGAUGUGUAUCACUUUGUUCAACCUCAAAAUCCAAUGAUUGUACUGGAUGCUUAUUUAAAACGAAACAAACUGACGGCGUACAAGUAUAACAGCCUUGAGGAGGUAGAAGAAGAAGACUAGAACAUUUCUAUGAAGAAAAACAUUAACAGAGAAACAAAAAUAACUUUAAACCUGGCUACAGGGGCUGGAAAUUACAGUUUUCUGGAGAUCUUCAGGACCAGUCAUUAAUUAUCACCCAAGGGGGGAGGGGGGUCGGAGGAUUUUGGUUGUGUCACUAUAAAUUUUACCUUAUACUCCCAUAAGCUCUGUAAUAUUCUUAUGACUUCUGUUCAUUGGCAGUUAAUUGGCAGCUAACUUUCUAUAGUCCUCCCUUGUACUCUUUGGCGAUUAUCGAUUCCCCCUUUUCCCCCUAGGUGACCCUCCCGACAUCUUCCGACUCUUCCACCCCCCUCCCCGUCGGCAAUAACAAAUGAAUGUUCCCUCACCCUCCCUCACCCUUGUACAAUGUUGACCAGAUACUUUGUUGAACAGAACUUCUUCUUAUUUAUUCAAAAUUGUAUGCGGUCAUCACCAGAUUUCUUUCAAGCAUUUUGCAACGAAGUUUGUCCAAGGCUGCAGCGUUCAUUUACAACGAUGUCAACCAUUUCACCCACAACAGAAAAAAAGUUAUCAUUACAGGGUCAAUGAGGGGCGAUGAGGAGCAAAAGAGAGUAUGAAUUAUUGUCUGAUUCAGCCCUAUAUUAUUCGAACGCAAA